CAGUAAACUGUGUUGAGGGCAGGGUGCAGUGUGAACAGGCAGCGUGCAGUGCAGGGAUCUGCCGGUGUGGCGUUGCUGUCGGUUUUAACCGCUGUGAUGUCACAGUUCUGUGUGCUUCUGGACUCGGCUGAAGAAGAUGGCGGCCUCCUCAGGAGUUAAAGUUCCACGCAAUUUUCGCUUGUUGGAGGAGCUUGAAGAGGGACAGAAGGGUGAAGGAGAUGGCACAGUCAGCUGGGGCCUCGAGGACGACGAAGACAUGACUCUCACACGGUGGACAGGCAUGAUCAUUGGACCAGCAAGAACCAAUUAUGAGAACAGGAUAUACAGUCUGAAAGUGGAAUGUGGACUCAGAUACCCAGAGGCAGCCCCGACUGUUAGAUUUGUAACAAAAAUUAACAUGAAUGGGAUAAAUAAUUCCAACGGGACGGUGGAUUCACGUAGCAUACCAAUAUUAUCAAAAUGGCAGAAUUCUUAUAGCAUUAAAAUUGUUCUUCAAGAGUUAAGGCGUCUAAUGAUGACCAAAGAAAAUAUGAAGCUUCCACAACCACCAGAAGGACAAACCUACAGCACUUAAUCGUAAUGGAUUGUUUCGACCCUCUGUCUUAAACCUUACUCUCUUAGAAAUAUUGUGUAAAAUCAUCAAGAGGCUCACUUCGCACAUCAACAAUAUCGUCUGCAAGAGCAAGAUUGGACUUUCUUAUUACAUAGCUCAUACAAAAAGAAAAUGUCCCUGCAGUUAAGCACUGAAUUGAUAGUUAAAAGACUACAAGACCACAGUUAUCCGCCUUUUAAUCAAGUUAUUUUGACAAUGACUUUUAUGUUCGACGUGUUCCAGCUUGAGUGGGCUUGAAGAGGGAAGCAUGACGCCACGCAGAGGCUGUACCAGAGUCCCAAUAGUUUUUAUGUUCAAAUGACUGAUCACUGAAGCAAACAGAAAGAUGUGUGUAUGAAGGCAUGUUCUGUAACUAAUACCUAGUCAAAGAGAAGCCACAUUUUUGAGUUGUUAGUCAAAUUUAGCAGGUUCAUUGAAGUAUCAUGCAGAUUGCUGAACAUUGAACUGUGGCUGUAGUCUAUAAGUAGUGUCACAAGGUAAGAAAGAUUUUUUUUUUAUAAAUAUAUAUAUAUAUCUGUAUUUGACACGAUACCAAUAUGUUUCUGUUCUGCAGCUCUUUGACAUGUAACAGACGUUGAAGCCUGUUCUGUUCUGAAACCCUUGCAUUUAACUUCUAGUGAAAAUGGCAGGUGUAUGAACUUGUGAUUUUCUGAAAUUAAAAUCACUGUCUGCGAAAAAAAAAAA